AUGGAUGAUCUCAGUCUGGAAGAUGUUGCGCGACAACUUUCGGAUCUUGAAGUGGCCCUUUUUGUGUGUUUGGCUUCUCAUGAGCAUUGCUUGAUUGAAACCACUGGCGAUGCUAUCCAUGACCUGGCCAAAGAGUUGGCCCUGAUAUGCUCAAACACAUUCGAUCUAUCAUAUACUAUUGUUGACUGCGACUCCACAACAUCAAUUGAAGAUAUCCAUAAUGAGAUUCUCACUGCAGACGCUCGCAAAGCUCAAAUACGCCCACCAUAUCCCCGGGUAAAAACAGAAUCGUCCAGCAAUAUCUCCUCGUACUUAAAAGGGCAACAGGACCGCAGCAAGUCUCCAAUUCCCAGUUUGCAAUCAGAAGAACCAAAUGUGGUCAACAUUGUCAUUGCCAAAAACUUUAACAUCACCAACGAUGAUGUCCAAGUCCAAGCCUUGCAAUUGAUGCGGAGCCGAAAAUUGGCCACAGAAGUCGGCAUUCUCCAAGCUCCCGAUGACUUUUUAUUUGUGCCCCUCGUGAUACGAGAGUCAGAUGAUCUGCAACCUCCACUAAAAACACAUCUGCGUGACCAACUCUUUAUAUCACAUUUCCAUGAGCCCAGCGAUGGCUAUGUUUAUCUUGAAGAAAAUGAAUGGCUCACUGACGGUCAAUUAUCCACAACCUCUGUCAUUCACUCACCGAAACACUCGCAGAAGAAGACUGCCAAGAUCAGCCAAACAGUCAUGGAACUAUUUCGUGGUGCUAGCAGCUCAGUCACUACGAACGCGGAAGUUGUUCGGUAUAUUCAGGAUAUUGUGGUUUUCUUGCGUCUUAGUCGAGCUGUCGCUGGUGGGGUAUCUGCGAGGGCCAAUCAGCAAUUUGGGCAAUUUGCAAGGCUUCUUGCACCGCUUCACGGUAUUGAUUACCUGACUCCCUCAAUUGUAGCGCUGGCGGCAAGGAAAGUCUUCCGCCAUCGCAUUGUUGUUGCUUCAACCGAGGAUGACCGAAGUCUUCAGUAUGGAAGUAACCGAGAGGCCAUUUCUCAUAUCCUAGCCGAUGUGACACCGGAAUCGAUACUUGAUGGAGUUCUGGAGCUAGAGCCACCAAUCUAG